UAAAUAUCCCUGUAAAACCAAAUGAAUCCAACACUUGUAACAAAUAAACACAGUUUAUUCAUCAGUUUCGAUUCUUUAAAGCAAGUAGAAUUGAAUGGAGGCAAAAAGUCUAUGGUGAAGUUAGCUCACCUGGUUGCUCUCUUGCUUCUUGCAUCAUGCUUGCAACCUCUCAUUGCUCGAGAUUUGGAAGUCGACAUGAGUGAUGAAUUUAAUAUCUUGCAACUUGAUGUGUCUCAGUCCUUUUGCCCAGGAGUGACAAAGGAACAAUGGCCAGAACUUCUUGGGACACCAGCUAAGUUUGCUAUGCAAAUAAUUCAGCAGGAAAAUCCAAAAUUAACCAAUGUUCUAACCGUACUGAAUGGUACUCCAGUCACAGAAGAUUUAAGAUGUAAUCGAGUUCGUCUUUUUGUUAAUGUGUUGGACUUUGUUGUACAAAUUCCCCAAGUUGGUUAAAGGGAGAAAUUACUCACCUGCAACAUCGGAUAUUUAUACAAAAAAAAUAUUGUUUACAUCAAGUUUUAUGUAUUAGGUGUUGCAGCCCAGAAAAUAAAUUGGAGCCGUAUGGUUAUGUCUCUAUGUACUCCACGACUUCUUGAUAAAUAAAUGAUAAAUGUGGCUUUUAAUUUCA